AUGAAAGAAUUACAAGAUAAAGGGCUUGGCGAAAUAAAAGGAUCUGGUGGUGAACAUUAUAAUUUAAAAAUCGAUCAAUUUAAUUUUUGCGAUGAUGGUGGAAUCGAUUUUCAGAGAUUUCGAGCAAAAAAUAAUCAACGUAGAGUUAUAGGCGGUGCAGCACAAAAAGUACCAAUUCUAGCAGAUUCAUCUAAUUUUAGAGGACCAUGCUAUGAUUAUCAUCUUUAUUUCAAAAAAAGACCAUUAGAUGCUAAUCAGGAAUUUUAUUUACAAACAAAUCCUAAAU